CACCACCAGAGUAAUGGCAGCCGCGGCACGCCUAUCACAGCCCGCGUCCUCGCCACGGGCAGCUCCAGCCUGCAGCUGUGCAGCUCAGCUCUGACAUUCUCGGUCCCUCUGUGGGAAGCAAGGCAGACCUCAUGGCUGCAAGGCACCGUCCGCCGCCACUGCCCAUGGGCCCGGCUAGGCUGCCCGAGCGCUCACAAGAGCAAACACUGAUAUACACGGCUUGCUAUGAUGGCUGCCUCGGGGGUCUCAAAUCACUUAUCCCUCCUCCUUUGCUCUUCUGCUCACCUCUGCAAAUCAUCUUGGUACGGCCUUCGCGAUUGGGAGACUUGCGAGCCACCCACACGGUCAGCAUGCUUCCUUGGCGAUUGAACUGAUCGGUCCCAAGGUGUGAAGUAAAAAGCACACGAGUGCUUCCAAUUCGAGUAUAACCACGCGGUUCGGGCAUCCCAGCAGCUCGUGUGCUGCCCUGAAACAGAAACCCAUGACCCAAGUUCAAGUCGAGGAUCCCGGCUUGGGCGUCUCGCUUGUCGCCUCAGUCACCGCUAACCCCUUCCACCAUGAAGAUGCCUGGUGGGAGGACGAGUAUGGAGGACCCAUGUAUGAAGAGAAAGGAAAAGGCGUGGGCCUCGGCACCGAGGAGGAAGACGACAGCCUUACCUUUGACGACCUCUUCAACAACCUUGAUGACGUAGAGUGGAAGCAAUACGACCCGCCGGUGGGUUUGCAGUGGAUUGCGGAGGCGGACCCGGACGAGGUUGUCAGAGUCAUUCGUGAUUCUGUGAACAGGGUUCGAGAACGCAUCGCACAGGAACAAGAGGAGGAGCUUCGACGGGUGCAAGAAGCCGCGGCAGAGCUAGCCAGGCUGGAGAUCGAACAACAGCAACAAGUCCAGCAGGGGCAGACCGUGGCAGCCGACACGGUGAUCACAACAGAGCAACGAGCGCCAACCGAGCCUGAAGAUGUUUGUAUGAAGCGUGCGGCCCCUCUGCCACGCACCUCCACGCAUAGGCAGCCUUAUGUCAUGCCCAAGAGGUCCCUGAGGAAAGAUAUCCCUGCUGAAAUACGCAGUAUCCUCUCGCCAGAUACAGGCGCAAAGCCCAAGUCUAAGCGGAAUCGAUCCAUCUUCUCCCUCCUCUGGAAAUCCCACGGGCCGGAUAGACCAGAGACAAGCGCAGCGGGUGCGGCACGAAGCCUCUUAUAUCGUACGGACGACGUCGUUUUGGACCCCACAUUAUCUGCACGACCUGAAGUGAAACAGAAAGUCGAGCCAGUCCAGGUGGAAUGCGUAUCUUGCCUCGAUGACUUCGACUCAAGGGACAUGAUCAAGGCCCCGUGCCACCACUAUUGUGUGGAUUGUUUCGAACGACUGAUCGGUACAGCCUGCGAGAACGAGCAACAAUGGCCUGCCAAGUGCUGUUUGAACCAGAUUCCGGAUGAGACAAUCACCACCGUCAUUCGUGGUGAACUGCUUGAGAAAUGGCGCAACAAGGGCUGGGAGUGGGGUCUGCCUGUGAGCGACAGGAUCUACUGCAGUGAGGCAAACUGCAGCGUCUGGUGCCGGCCCCACGAAAUCAACCGUGCCCAAAACAUUGCAACAUGCCGCAACCGGCACCGGACCUGUAUAAUCUGCAGGGGUGCGGAGCAUGGCAGGGAAGCUUGUCCCCAAGAUCGAGACCUGGCACAGACCAACGAGCUUGCGGAAGAGGAGGGAUGGAAACGAUGUUACGGCUGCAAUGCGUUUGUGGAACACCGCGAGGCAUGCCAGCACAUGACAUGCCGCUGCGGUGCAGAGUUCUGUUACGUAUGCAGCGCGCGGUGGCGGACAUGUCAUUGCACGAUGGAACAGCUGGCUGCCGUCAAAGCUGAAGCGGACCGUAGGCGCAUGCAACGAGAGGUCCGGGAGGCUGAGAAGGAAGCAGAGCUGCAAGAGAUCCUACGGCAGAUUGAGGAAUACGAGCGAGAGAUCGCGCUCAAGACUGAGCUGCUUCGUCAGGAACAAGAACGAAUCGCCGAAGAAAGGCGCCAGAAGGAGCUGGAGCAGCGCAUCCAGCGGGAGCAGGCCAGACGCCAGGAGGUCGCCAUCAAGUUCAGUGGUCUACGAGAGGCUUUUGAAAGACUCCACGACAUACAAAGAUCCAUGGUCCACGACAUGCAUACUCAAGAAGACGAGCAACUUACUACGGAUAACGCAGCCAAGAUGGAGGAUCUCAAGGAGCGCCAUGCCCAGGAACGAGAAAAUUUGCUCGCAACCGUGGAAGACAAGAUUAAGCUUCAGGAGGCACACGUCGAGUCCGAAUAUGCAGCCAGGCUCUCGGAUGAGCGCCAGCUCGAGGCACAAUACACCUCCCAACUCAAGCUGUACUGGGCAGGGAAGCCCAACGGUCAGGAACAGCUCGAAUCAUCUCUGAAAGACUUUCAAAUCAAGAUGGAUCGUGGCUUCAAGGCAUGGAGGAAAUGGAUGGACACCGAGCUCGCCACGUACAGCUGGCAGAUGCGCGAGGAGCAGACGAUUCAGUCGGAGCUCAUGGCCAAUGCGGAACGCCGGCUGCACGAGGCCAACCGUGCGACGAUGACCGCCUAUAUGCAGCGUCGCGCGGGACAGCUGCGCUGGGUCGACGUUGUGGUUAAGGAGCGUGCCAUCAUGCUUCGCGAGAUGGAGCAUGCCGAGAUCCACAAUGGCGGCGAGGACAUUGACGCCUGGUUUGCAGAGGCCACGCUGUCCGAGGAAUCGGUCGCUGCGGCCACGGGUGCUCCUUUCGGCAGCAAUCCAGAAUCGGACGUGGCGAGGAUAGCAGACAAUGACGAUGAAAUAGGUGUGGCCUUGUCCCCUGGCGCCAACUGAGGUGUAGAUGCCGAAGACUUGUAUCUGUUAACUUUUAGAACUAGCUGAUAGACACAACCACAUAGUUGGGGCAUUGACUGAGACGCACUCUAGUGGUCUUGACAUCUUGUCUUUGGUCUGGCUCAUGAUAUGUUCAUGCAUUGGAGGACUGUGCUUCCGGAUCAUCGCCGAUUUGUUUUAGAUCAUGGAAAUAGAGAGCAUGUACUCGAUUUUAGCAUGGCCAGUAGCAUAGUCAGCAGCACGGCAUGGGUUUCAAUCAGUUGCAUCCAAUAUGUUG